AUGUCAGUGCUCAAUAAGAGCCGCAAGAAGUACAAGGAGAAACUGGCCAAAACCACACCUGUGGUAAAGGGCUUCAAAGUGUUGCUCUUCUCCUUGUCAGAGAGGGGCGGCCGCGGGCCGCGCCGUCGGGAGGCGCAGAAGCGACUCCGCUCCGCGCUCCGGGCCGGGUCUUGCAGGCCGCGCCGUCCGGAGGAGCAGAGGCGGAUCCGCUCUGACUCUGCCUUCGCUCUCCGGGUUUUGCGGCCGCGCCCAGCCCCCCGCGGUGACUCCCGCGGUCGCCGGCGUCAGGGCGAGGCUGCCGCCCGCCUCCCCACUGGGCAUGCGCGGCCGGACCACCCGGAGCCGGGAGGAGGGGGCGUGCGCGGGACUUGGGGCUGGAGUUCGAUGUCCGGGGUGCAGCCUGGUGUCUGUGUUGUCCGAAGCCGGUGGGAGGACCCGCGCAUCACAGGGUGGAGAUACUCGUGGAGAAAAUGCGGAGCGCCACCAAAGCGCGGAAGUCCUUGGCACACACUCUCACCACUCCCACCGAGAAGUCUGGCCUUGACCCCUGGGCGCAGACCUUGUGGCUCCGCAGCCUCGCGGCUCCAAACCUCUCAACCCUUGCCUUGCAGAAAACUGUGUUGACUGGUCCCACUGUGCAGUUCAAGGACCUGCGACUUAGAAACUAAUAAGAAAGAUGCAGACGCAGGUAAUGAAGGCCUCCAGCUCCCUGCGGACCUUCAGCCGGGCCCUUCCAGCUGCACCUGAGGACAGGAAGUGAGGUUCCUCACAUUAUCCUGCACUGGUGGCUGUCAGGUCAGUCCCCAGACCCUGACCCUGUGAUAGGAAAGGUCCUGAAGCUGCUCUGGUUCAGGGCACAAGUGGGGGAAGUGCACUUCCAGUGCCCAGGUGUGACUCAGUUUACCCAGACUCUGGAAGUCCUAGUCAAGGCAGGAUGGGUGGUGCCCUGUGGCUUUCGGAGUUUAGGACUGAGCAAGGGCCCUUCCAGCUCUGCUCGCAGACUUCCUCUUGGGAACUCACACCCACACCAUGGCAGGACAGAGAGAGCCAGAGCCAUGCUGACUUCUCUGUCCUCCUCACCACCCCCUUCCACCUCAGACCCACCGGCAGCUCACGCUACCCAGGAGCAUCUGCGCCUGAAUCUCCCUGCAGCCCUGAGGGGUUGGCCUUACCACCCUUGCUCCAUCGGAGAGGGAAUGGAGACUCAGAGAGGCUAAGGAACUUGUCUUCAGUCACACAGCCCGUGGCAGAAGCAAGUUGCCACCAGUGGCCUACCUGACCCCAAAGCCCAACGUGUCUACACUGUGUAAGAGCUUCCAUGAAAAUAAACUGUGGUGGUGAUAAGUUAAACACGGGAAACAGGAGCCCGACAUCACAGGAAGUGAAACACGAUAUAGCCCAGAGCAACUGUGGGCUGUUUCGUUCCCAGCAUAGAUGGGAGGCAAAAUGCAAAGCAGCACACCUGUUCCCAGAAGUAUUUGGGGGUUUUUAAAUGUCAGCCACAAUGCUCAUGAAUCACUCUCU